GAAGUGCGAUUUGUAUGACGUUUGCAACGAAGGACAUGGCUCGUGUAGGUGGGCUAGAUUUGCCGUAGUCGCUAAGUGAAAGUUUAGGACUGAGAAGUUACGAUGACAGGAGUGUAUAAUUUCCAUAACUGCAUGUCACUAAACAAGAUGGUUUGUAUCUCAUUAAAGUAAACACUGUAUAUUUGUGUAUAACACACAUGAAGACCGUUGUCAAAUUAACGUUAGGUAUUGCAUGACGUGGAUAUACAUUAAAUAACGUUUAGAAGAGUUUUUAGUAUCCAUGCAUUUCUGUGAUACAGCGUCAGGAUGACAGUGAUCGUAUCGGCAAAACAGUGGAAAGACGCGUUUAAAAGACUAACUCUUUUGCUUGUGGUGCUGGUUGUACUGUUUUCAUCGUUUGCUCAAGCUGAAAAGGAACCAGUUGAAGCUGAUGGUGCAAAAUCAGACAAUCCGCCUUCGGUGAGAGGUCAUCUUGCAGAAACUGCCGACAUAAACAGUGGAAACAAAAAUGAGCAGAAAAGUAACCUUGGCUUUAUUCAUGCAUUUAUUGCAUCUGUAUCAGUUAUCAUUGUGUCCGAAUUGGGAGAUAAAACUUUCUUCAUUGCCGCCAUAAUGGCAAUGCGACAUCCCCGCCUCACCGUGUUUGUUGGAGCAAUUACUGCCUUGGGACUCAUGACUAUUCUGUCAGUUGUUUUUGGCUGGGCAGCAACCAUAAUUCCACGUGCCUACACAUAUUAUAUUUCCACUGCGCUUUUCGCCAUUUUUGGACUAAAGAUGUUAAAAGAAGGUUAUUACAUGUCCGCAAAUGAAGCACAGGAGGAGUUUGAAGAGGUGCAAUCGGAUUUGCGGAAAAGAGAGGAUGAGUAUGAGAAGGAAGCGUCGGCAUCCUUAGUUCAAGACCCAGAGUCUGGAGUUAUUAGAAAAUCUGUAAAACCUGCAAAGACUAUAUUAUCAUUAAUAUCUAGAAUUUUUAUUCAGGCCUUCACACUUACAUUUUUAGCUGAGUGGGGUGAUCGUUCUCAGUUGACCACAAUGAUUCUUGCAACUAGAGAGGAUGUGAUAGGUGUCACAGUUGGAGGAAUUCUUGGUCAUGCCCUUUGUACAGGGCUUGCAGUUGUGGGAGGGCGAUUUAUCGCUCAGAAGAUAUCUGUCCGAACAGUGACCUUGAUUGGUGGUGUAGUGUUCCUGUUGUUUGCUAUUACGGCAUUAUUCUUUGAUCCGAAUGAAAAAUAAGAAGUACUUGUCAUAACAGCUGUCACUUAACGGAGCUUAAUGCUGAUCUGAGCAGUAUUGUUUGAAGUUUGCUCAAUGACUGCCUUGAUAGUCUCAAGUGAUUGUAAUGGACUUUGCCCUGAUGUGAACAGUUGGUGCAUGUAAGUCUGAGUUUCAUCUGCUUAAUGAUGGCUGAAAUUUGAAGGUAUUAAGCUAUUAUAUUUUAAAAUUUAGACUGAAGUAAUAUGUUAUGAUUGUGAUAUGUUCAGUUAUGUUCGUGUCAUGAUAAAUAGGUUGGUAUGAACAUGUGUAGUUUUGCUGUAGCUUGCCCAUAUUGUGUGUCCCUUACAAGUGGGGAGUGUCAUGCACAUUUACAUUUUAAUAUCAUGCUUUUAAAGAAAUGUAAUAUUAUUUUCAUGUGUUUUCCAGGAGUCGAAGUGAGUUUCAGAGGUCAUGUCAUUUUGUUUUAUAAAAAUAAAUGUGCCAAAGUAUUAUUAAUAUUUGUUUUUGUUAAAAUUCUCGGAAGCUUACAUUGCCUACUUCACAUCGUAUUAAAUCUGAAUUAGUGUUUACUUUUGUACCUUUUUGGGGAAUGUAUCUUAGGGAUGGAAGUCAAUUUUUGCACUCAUGUUUUUCGAACCUGAUACACCUGUAAUGUGAGAUAAAGGAUUUAUGUCAACACAGUCCUUCAGAAGAUUCACACCUUGAACAGCGUCACAAGUUCUGAAUUGUGAUUGACUAAUUCCAUCUCUUUCAGAGAUUAACAGUUGCUUGGCAACUUGGAAUUUUCUCUUUUAUGGAAUUUUAAGGUUCAUUACUUUGUUCCCAAGUGCACACUCUUUAUUAUAAUUUAAGUUCAGUUUAGCAUAUGUGACCGUGUGUAAUUAUACAGCCGUGUUCAUACACCUGAAGAUGACCUCUUAAGCUUGAAACAUUUAGUGAUAAUGUGUAAUAAAAACAUGAUGUGUAGUCGGUAAAUUCACUCUACUAUUGAGCAAGCAAGUAAACACAAAGAAAACUAAGUAUAUGUUGCUG